AUGGACUGUUUAACUUUAUCAGGAUUUGUCAAGUACUACACCAAAAACUCGUUUGGAGGCCAGCUCAAACUGGCAUUAUCGAGCGUCACUCUUCAAGCGGCUACACCUUUUACAAUUUCCACCACUGGAACUAUCACCCUCACCAGCGGACCUUUGCCAAACACUCCUAUUGAUUUUACCGCCACUUAUACUUUCACGGGAGCCCAUCCAGCCUAUGGACAGGUACAAUCAUUGGAUCAAAAAGUCAUAGGAAUCUUUAAAGGUUUUCCUCAGUCUGGAGCAGCGGGUGGCUUUCCUUCGCCGGGGGUCGCCGGAGCAAGCUUUGGAGGAUUCUCGAUCCCAAAACAACACGGAGAAUAA